AGACAUCCGCCCAGGCCCGCUUCCGGGAGGAAGUGACGCUCCCAGCCAGCUUCCGGUCCAGGAGACUCGGCCCCACCUCUGCGCCGGGCAGCUUAAAGGGACCACGACCCCCAGGAGGAUUGAAGGAGACCGAGAGGCUGCCGGCGUGGACCGCGGGAAGGCGGGGCUGGGGCUCGGCGGGAGGCCACCCCCGCAGCCGCCCCGGGAGGAGCGCGCCCAGCAGCUGCUGGACGCGGUGGAGCAGCGGCAGCGGCAGCUCCUGGACACCAUCGCAGCCUGCGAGGAGAUGUUACGGCAGCUGGGCCGCCGGCGCCCGGAGCCGGCUGGUGGCGGGAACGUCUCAGCCAAACCUGGAGCGCCCCCCCAGCCGGCUGUCUCCGCCAGAGGCGGCUUUCCAAAGGAUGCUGGCGAUGGAGCUGCGGAGCCCUGACCAUCCCCGAGCAGAAUACCCUGACUUCUCUCCCUCCCCAGGGCCGGUGGCUGGACUCUGAACAACUCCCUUCAGUAAAGGGGCCAGUCUUCACUGGCAGUGGCUGGUACUUGGCUCUCAGCCUGGAGUGGCAGCUCUGCUAGCAGCUGGGUUCACUCCCACUUCAUCCUGGCUGAAAGCAGUGCUGUGCUUUGAAAUGCAGCCAAUGAAUACCCAGUCUGAUUGCCCAGAUUUGGGCAGACCAGCAGUGCUCGCCAGAGUGGUCUGGCCUGCUAUGGGGGAUCCAGGUGGUGUUACAUGUCCAUUUCAUGUUUGGGGGGCUUUUAGCCCCACAAAACACCUUCAGCAGAGCCUUGAUUAAAAGGAAACCUGCAGACUCUC